AUGGGAAACGAUGGCGGCUCCAUCCCCAAGCGCCGCGAGCUCGUCAAGGAAGCCGCGCGCGCCCUCACCGUAAGCGAACUGAAGGCCAACGCACUCGAAUCCCUCAGCCAUGCAUGGACACAGGACCCCCUAUCCUCAGAGCCACUCGACAUGGAGAACGUGGCAUCAGAUUGGCGAGGCAAACUGUACAACUACGAGUCCAUACUAAAGGGGCUGGUGCCGAGCGGUGACGACGAGGCUGAGGAAGAGAAGGCCAACGGCAACGACAUGACGUUCGCAUCGACGGGGAUAAAGAGCCUGCGCGACAUCGUGAGGCUCAAGUUCAAGCGGUACAAGCCGGCUGGGACGAAGGAGAAGGAGAUCUGGGCAUGCCCCGUCAGCCUGAAGGAGCUGGGCCCAUCGACCAAGGCCGUCUACAUCGUGCCGUGCGGCCACGUCUUUGCCGAGGUAGCGAUCAAGGAGAUAACAGACCAAGAGCACAACUGCCCCGAGUGCAGCGAGCCGUUCGAGGAGCAAGACGUCUUGCCGAUACUGCCAACGGAAGAGGCCGACUUGGAGAAGAUGACCAAGAGGAUGGAGAACCUGCGCGCAAAGGGCCUGACGCAUAGCAAGAAGAAAGACAAGAGCGAGAAGAAGAAGAAGCGCAAGGCUGGAGAGAAGGAGGACGAAGGGUCAAAUGGCGUGAAGAACGGUGGGGCGGAAAAUGGCCGCCCGGCCAAGGCCCCAAAGUCUAGCAAGAACGAUGCCCCCAGCAUCAACAACCCCAUGGCUGCAACGUUAACUGCAAGGGUCAUGGCUGAGCAGGCUGAGCGGGAUAAGAGGCGAAGAUUGGCCUCGGUACGUGGUUGA